AUGCAUGACAAAGAAACUCGUUUAAAUAAAAGUCCAUCUGGUGAUACUAUGAAUAACCAUAAUAAUUCUACUUUUAAAACCGGUAAUACUGCUGUGCCAAAAGAUAAGAAUAAUGAUGAAAAUACUUCUGCUAUUACAAGCGUUUCGUAUUGGACCAGAAAAUUCCAGAUGUCAACUUUUCUAAAUGAUUUACAGAAUGGUAUUAGUUUUAGCAAUGCCAUAACUAGACUACAAACUAUGGGUGCAUUAAUGGAACAAAUUAUUCAAGAAAAUAUUGAUUUAUAUGAAGAGGAUGAAGAGGAAAAAGAAAUGGAAGGGGACAUCAAAGUAGAUACCACUAAUAAAAUUCCUACAAAUAUUAGCCACGAAGAAGAAGAAAAAGGAAAAGAAAUAAAAGAAAAUGAUACUGUUUCUGAAAAAGACGUAUAUAAAGAAACAGCAGAAUACCAACAUAUUAAUAGUAAAAAAAUUCAACAGGAAGAAGUUACAGAUGAAAGGAGCAACAGUAAGAUACCAGCCAAAAUGUUACUAAAUGAAGUUAUUAUACCAAGAGACAAAGAAUUAUUUAUUGAUUCUCCAUUGUAUAAAGAAAUGGUAACCAUUAGUGAAGAAGAAAAAUUAAACCAUGAAGUUUUAAGGCAAAAAAUAUUCAAAAUUAAGGAUUUAGAAGGUUUGAACCAACAGACCAAGGCAUUUAUGAUUCAAAAGUUAAUGAUGGGAAGAUACACUGUAAAUAAAACUGGAAGAGAGGGUGAUAUAGAUAUUCUCUAUGACGAUACAAACGUUGUAGGUGAUACUUCAGAUGAUGAUAAGGAAUGUUCUAGCAAUGAUAACACUUUUCCAUCGCCACCACCGCCGAUAUUAACUGAUAAGGAUACUGAGCCACCAUUAUAUUCUGAUCCGUUUGGAUGUCAACAUUACAUGAGGAACUGUAAACUAUGUUGCAAUCAAUGUAAGGGAUGGUACAUGUGUAGGUUUUGUCAUGAUGAACAAGUUCAAUCGCAUAAUAUGAUUAGAUCGAAAACCAAGUGGAUUAUGUGUUUGUUUUGUCAUAAUGUUCAGCACCCAGAUUCUGCAAACUGUAAUAAAUGUGGUCAAAGUUUUGCAGUGUAUUUUUGUGACAAGUGCAAGUUAUAUGAUAAUGACGAAGACAAAGAUAUUUAUCAUUGUGAUAAAUGCAAGAUUUGUAGAUUGGGUUUAGGAUUGGGCUUGGACUAUUUCCAUUGUGAUACUUGCAAAGCAUGCAUGCCAAUAGAAUUACAAGAUGAUGAAGAUAAGGAUCUAGAUAGUGAUAUAGAAAUGGAUAAAACCAACACAGAUACAGAAUACAACAGCAAUCAACAAAAACAGACGCAGGACGAGUUAGAAACAAACCUAGUGUCUGAGCACAAAUUAAAAAAAAUCGAAGAGUUAAAGAAGAAAAAACAAAAACUUAAAAUCAAGCAGCAUAAAUGCAUUGACGGCAAUACCAAAUCUAACUGUCCAAUUUGUGGAGAGUACAUGUUUACUUCAACAAGGCCGGUAAUGUAUAUGCAACCCUGUUCGCACUCAAUCCACAAACAUUGUUUUGAUGAAUAUACGAAACAUUCGUAUAAAUGUCCUGUGUGUCAAGUGAGUGUUAUCGAUAUGGAAUUGCAGUUCAAAAUCUUAGAUAAAGAAAUCGAAGAACAGCCGUUGCCCAAACCAUAUUGUUAUUGGAGAUGUGUUUAUAAGUGCAAUGAUUGCAAUGCAAGGGGGACUUGUAAUUAUCAUAUUUUGGGUUUAAAAUGCGGGAAUUGUUUCAGUUAUAAUACUGUGCAACUUCAACUAAUCAAGCCUAAUACUGCAACGAGUAAUAGUGCUGCCGCUGAAGAACGUAGUGGAAGCAAUAGUUCUCUUGGCAUUAACAAUGGUACCAACACACAUAAUAGUAAUCAAACAAUAAUUCUAGACGAAAAUAUUGCUAGGAGAAAUGAGUUUUUAUUAAGACAACAUUUCCAAAAGGGUAACAAUUCUGGAUCCAUGUUUAAUUUCGGUGGAAGUAACAACAACAAUAACAAUAGUGACUCGAGCAUGCCUGUAUCAAAUCAACCUUAUGAUACUAAUAGUAUUUCUAAUAAUACUAAGUUGGAUAACUAUAUGAAUAACUAUUUUAGAUAUGAUGAUGAUGAUGAUGAUGAUGAUAAUGAUGAACUAAGCUUAUCUGAUUUUGCACAAAAUUUUAAAAAUUUUUUAACUCAACAAAAUUAUUCUCAAAGGUUUAAAGAUUUUGUCUCUUCAAAUACAUUAACGUUUACCUCAUAUAAUUAUAACAAUGAAGCUCAUAAGGAGAAGAAUGAAAGUAAGGACGAUACGGAUACUAAUACAACAUCAUCGUUAUUGUCGGAUCUGUCCACCGCUUUUAAGCUGUUUUUGAACCAACAAAAUCCAGUAGAAUCUGAAUAUGAGGAGGAAAGUAAGGACUAA